CUCCUUAUUAGGUGGGUCAGUAUGAUGGUAGAUGUUUCGUCAUCCUGAAACGGCACACGGUACAAAAGCAAUUCUAGACAGAAGGUUCUUUCCCGUUUGAUCUGACCUCACCGGCUCAAUGAUGAAGUCUUUCCUGGCUUUCCUGGCCUUCGCCGCCAUCUUCUACACCACAGAGGGUCUGAUAUUCGAGCCUUUCUGCUCCACGGAUGCGGACUGUGAACCCAACGAAUGCUGUGAGCGGAGCAUCGUCCUGAACAGCUGCAAGCCCAGGCCCGGCCUGUACGAGUACUGUAACGUGGACAGCCUGACGCUGACCGGUCUGUGCUCCUGUGACGAGGGGCUGGAGUGUGUGGACUACAACCAGAACUUCGUCUUCGACGUCUUCACCGGAGACAGCUGGUGCGUGCCCAUCCCAGACGUGGUGGGAUCUGGUGGCGGAUUUUGAGGUCGCUGGGCCGUCACUCCAUAACUAUGGCCAGAAUAAAGAAUAUUGCAGCCAAACCCUUGCAAAUUGAUAAGAAUUGAAAUAAAAUUGAUCCGAGAAAAAGG